CACAUCUUCUGAACCAGGCUUUCGAACCAGCAGAACGCAGACGACAAGGACCUGCCUCCGUACCUGGUCCUGGACGUGAUCUAAGUUAGAGCUCCUCGUAAACAGCAAGCACCGCUCGACGUCACGAAAGCGAGUCUCGCCCGACAUCGGAGCAUGCUGUCCAAGCUCCUCGCGCUCUCGCUGCCGCUCGUCAUCCACGUCGCCAUGUCCACAGACACGACAGACACGCGUGCAGCACUGCUCAAGGCCUCAACGCCGCCAUCAAAGGACUUCUUCAACACCCUCGUCACCGCCAACCGCAUCCUCGCCCACCACAAUGUCGUUGACGCCUACGGCCACAUCUCCGCCCGCAAUCCGCAAAAUCCACAAACGUUCUUCCUUUCCCGCUCCCUAGCUCCAGCCCUCGUAUCCCGCGACGACAUCCAAGAAUACUAUGUCUCAGACGCAUCACCUGUCAAAAAGGGGGACGACGUGCCCAAAGGUUUCCUAGAACGCUACAUCCACUCCGAAACCUACAAAGCCUACAAAGACGUGAACAGUGUCGUCCACGCACACAAUGAGGCCGUGCUACCAUUCAGUCUGGGAAGCAUACCGCUCAAAGCCGUCUACCACAUGGGCGGCGUGAUGGGUCCUCAAGUUCCAGUCUUCGACAUUGCGAACCAUUAUAAACCUUCCGAUGAAUACCACUCGAUGCUCAUCACUAACGAACAUUUGGGCGCAGGCCUCGCAGGAGGUUUUAAUCCGACAGGUCCGAUCUCGAAAGUCGGCGGAAUGAUUAAGAGCUACGUGACAGGUUCGGAAUCUACACCAGUUGCGUUUCCUUCUUGUCCCGUGGUGCUUAUGCGCGGACACGGUUUUACAAAUGUGGGCAGUACGAUUGAAGAGGCUGUUUAUCGGGCUAUUUACACGUGUAAGAAUGCGCAGAUUCAGACGACGAGUCUGUCGUUGCAGAUGAGUUUCAAUUUGAGGGGUAUUGCGAAUGAGUUCGGAAAGAAAGAGCAUACGCAAGGCGCGAAGCAAGAGGAUAUUAAGUAUCUAAGUGAUAGGGAGGUACGGGAUAGCUGGGCGCAGAUUCGAGGAACUGCGGAGAGGGCUUGGGAAUUGUGGAGUGAAGAGGUAGGUCGGUCGCCGCUGUAUGAUGAUCCUACAGCAGAGGAGUGAGAGCGCGUGCCGAGCGGACGAGACGUGGUGAGCAAUGACCGUAACUCCUUGCAUGAUCGCGAUGUGGCAGUAACGACUAUCAUGGAUCAUGAUAAUACAACAAUGGAACAACAGUACAUGAUUCGAG